CUUGUGUCUGUUUUUUGGGGGCGUAAAGCGAGCUAAGAUGGUUCGCGCGGAUGUCACGCCUGAAUCCCCUGCUGAGGAACAGCCAAUCAUGGGUCUCAUCGGCAUGGGAGCCAUGGGAAAGAUGUAUGCCAAGUUUCUGUCCGAAGGCGGUUGGAAGAGAAUUCAUGUUUGCGACUUGCCCGACAAGUAUGAGAGCUUGAAAAGUGACUACGCCGACGUGCCUGCAAUAAACGUCUUUCCUGAUGGUCAUGGCGUCGCUCGCUCAUCCGACUUUAUUAUCUAUUCUGUCGAGGCUGAGUUUAUCGACUCUGUUGUCGCUAAAUUCGGGCCAUCCACGAAGCUAGGUGCUAUCGUAGCUGGGCAGACCUCUGUGAAGGCCCCAGAAAAAGCUGCCUUCGAGAAGCACCUCCCGCCAGACGUCGAAAUCGUCUCGUGCCAUUCCUUACACGGGCCGACCGUCUCGCCUGCGGAUCAACCACUGGUUCUCAUUAAGCAUCGUGCCUCUGACGAGGCGUUGAAGCUCGUCGAGAACAUCCUGCGACCGCUUCGCUCGCGCUACGUCUAUCUCUCCUAUGAAGAACACGACUCGGUUACCGCCAACACACAAGCCGUUACCCACGCCGCCUUCUUGAGCAUGGGUACAGCCUGGCAGUCCUCUCAAUCCUACCCCUGGGAACAAGGCCUUUACGUCGGCGGCAUCGAGACCGCGAAAGUCAACAUUACCCUGCGCAUCUAUUCCAACCUAUGGCACGUCUACGCCGGCCUUGCCAUCCUCAACCCCGCGGCACGCGCCCAGAUCGAGCAGUACGCGCGCUCCGCGUCUGACUUGUUCAAGCUGAUGGUCUCCGGGGGCGCACCGGGCGGCGACGCCGAGCCAUUCCGCGCGCGCGUGCGCUGGGCGCAGCAAGUCGUCUUCGGCGAGCGCCUGCAAGGCGCGGAUAAGCAUCGGCCCAUCCUCCUCUCGCAGGCGCUGCUCGACAAGUUUAGCCUGCGGCCUCCGCCCCCCGCGAGCGAGGCUUCUGGGACCGAGUCAGCGGACUCACCACGCUACAAGCCCAACUCGCACCUCGCGCUCAUAGCGAUGGUGGACUGUUGGGCGCACUGCGGGAUCCAGCCAUUUACGCAUCUGGCGCUGGCUGCGACGCCGAUAUUCCGUCUGUUCCUGGGCGUUGCGGAGCAUCUGUUCCUCAAUGAAUCCCUACUGGAGCAGGCGAUUCACAGUGCGCUGUACGAUACGUGGCAUCGACCCGACGACAUCGAGUUCAUCAUCGCCGCUCGCGGCUGGAGUCAAUGCGUGAGCUUCGGGAGCUUUGAGAUCUAUAGACGGAGAUUCGAAGAAACGCGCGCCUUCUUCGAGGGUAGAUUCGACGAGGCGAACGUCCUCGGCAGUCAGAUGAUUAAGGCGAUCAUGGAGACGGAACUCAAGCGCGAGCAAAAACAGUAAAUGUUCGAAUCAUCUGUAGAAGGGCGCGCAUCGUUUGCCUGCGUCACCCAGUUGAACCUUGUAUAAGGUGUCGUUCAUGUAUCCAAACCAAUCAUAUCUAUCGUGUUGUACUUUA